CGCAAAACCAUUGUGUCUAUUAUACUCAUCAUGCUUUCUUCUGAUGACCUUCAAAAUAACAUUUCAGACGAAAUGUUAAAUAGUAAUCUCGAUAAUGAUAAUGAUGAGUCUAAAACAGGGAAUCAACCUGAUUUACAAGAAGAUCAACAUGUCAUUUCAAAAUUAACAGAUCUCGAUGGUGGGUUUCAAUGCUUACUAAAUAAAGUCAAAUGUGAUAUGCAAGCAGCAAAAGAUGUUGCCUAUUUUUUAAAGAAAAGAGCUGCUAUUGAAGAAGAGUAUGGGAAACAGAUGAUUAAAUUAUCUCAAUCUAUGAUAGAGUCUUACGAUAAAAGUCACACAAAAGUAUCAAGUUAUGGUCAAGCAUGGUGUCAGUUUUUAAGGGUUCAUGAAAAGAUUGGUGACCAACGAGUGAAGUUUUCGAAUGAUAUAUCUGAAGUAUCAGACGAUGUACAAAUUAUGUAUAAAGAUACCGAGAAGAGUAGAAAGCAAGUGAAAGAAAUGGGUAUACGACAUGAACGAACUCGAUUAGAUGCUGAAAACUUGUUAGAAAAAUGUAGACAAAAAUAUGAUAUUCUUAGUGAAGAAUGGGAAAGAGCUAUAUUAGCAAAUAGUCAUCAAGAUUCUGAGCAUUUACCAAAGAAAAAUAGUCUUUUUAAAAGUAAUAAAACACCUGCACAGUUAAAGCGUCAAUUAGAUGAGUCAUGUGUUAAAGCAAGUCAGGCACAAACAGUUUAUAAAAAGCAAUUAAAUGCCACUAAUGCCACACGUCAAGAAUAUUUUCAACUUCAAUUACCCGCAAACUUACUUACGUUAAAAAGUAUAAGUGAUGAAUGUUGUGCAGCUAUUCGAUAUCAAUUAGCAAGAUAUGGUUAUUUAUUUGAAGAAUCUUUGACAUUAGAUGGACUAGCGAUAGAUAAUGAUGAAGGCAAGGGUCUAAGAUCUUUAACAGAGAAAAUUGAUUUUGCAACAGAUAUUGUACAAGUUGUAAAUGAUUUCAGUAAUCGUACAUAUACUAUAAAAAAGUCAGAUAUACCCUAUAAGGAAUAUUCAAUGUCUUUAACAGCUUUAAACGUAUUAAGACCCAAGCCAGUAUUUGGAAUCGAUUUAACUACAUUGAUGCAGCGUGAUGGAUAUGAAGUUCCCCUUAUAGUUAGUAAAUGUGUUGAAGCAAUAGAGUCUAAUGGUGUAAAAACAGUUGGACUCUAUCGUAUCUCAGGAACAAAUACACAAAUUCAAAGAUUAAAGAAUGAAUUCGAUAGAGAUUGUGCAUCUGUAGAUUUAACAACAGAAGAAAACAGUUUAGAUAUAAAUAACAUUACAAGUCUAUUAAAGCUAUGGUUUCGAGAAUUACCUGAUCCAUUAUUUCCUCGUUCCUCAUAUCAUCAUUUCAUGAAUGCUGCUAGGAUUGAAAAUGAUCGAAUGAGAGUAUUGGGUCUCCAUACUAUCAUCAAUGAUUUACCAGAUGCAAAUUACGCAACUUUAAAAUAUAUUAUGAGGCAUCUUUAUUUGAUUCAACAAAAUCAAGAAUAUAACAAAAUGACAGUUGCAAAUCUAUCAACUAUAUUUGCAAUGACGUUAAUGGGAGGAGAACAAAGUCCUAAUCGGUCGUCUUCAUCUUUACAAGAAAGUCAGAAUUUUUCUGAUACACAAUGGCAAGUGAAAGUUAUUCAAACGAUAUUGGAAAAUUAUCGCUUAAUAUUUGAACCAGAUGAGGAAUAAAUAAAUAAAAAAU